AAUCUUUGAAUAACAUGGCGCUGAUCUGAAAGCUACAUGAUGCUGAUGUCCUCACGGUAGUGUGAACAUGUGACUGGUAACAACAUCUCACUAUCAAUAGUAUGAUCUGUACGAACUAAGUAAAACUGAACAGAUCAAGUGUACCAAUGGCAUUCCCUGCCCCAAAGAAGAAAGCAAGAAUAAGCAUGGAAAGUGGAUCAGCUGAAGUUGAUCCAUUUAAAGAUUUUGAGGAUGAGGAAAGUUUCACAGCAGAUGACCUGGAGCAAAUUGACAUUAUCGAAUCCCAAGCCAUGAGCCAAAUACCCAAGGAAGACACCUCCCUUGCAACAACAUCCACCAAACCACAUGUAAAUGGGGCAAAUGUGGCACCCAACUUUUCAUUCAAGCCUCUAACUUCCAGGUCGCCAAAUGUUCCUAGAAAGUCAAGUGCCAAUUUCCAACAGAAAACUUUGAAUAGGCCUCCUUCGAUAUCUAGCCAUGGUCAGACCAAAAGACAGACAAACAUCACCGUGCCUGUUGCCGGACUAAGUUCCUCUAAAAUCUAUACCGGGUAUCUGCCCCCUUCUCAGGACAAGAUGAGAAGUUCCCCACCAUUUAUAUCCAGUCAGAAUAGAUUCAAGAAAGGAGUGGAGGCUCAACCCACCUGUAAAAACCCUCGCCUUCAGCAAUCUAAUGUGAGCUUACCACUUCACAAGAAAGAAUCUCCACAAUCUCAGGGAUUUGGGGUAUCUCACACUCUGCUGCCUCAAGACUCUGAUCAUCAGCAGUCAACCUGCAAACCAUUCCAGAAUGCUGUUCCUACUAAAGAGUUACGUCACAGUCUUUCAGCCCAGACGAUAGCUCAAGGAGGGGCACAGAGCAAGAGCCUUACUCCUCCAAAAGGAUGCACUUCUUCAGGUACACCAAGUCUUCCCAUACAAGGCAAUUCAGGAGAUGCACAGAGGUUAGCUCAAGAGUUGGAAAGAAUGAAGGAAGAGCUAGAAAAUUUGAAAUCUGAAAGAUUUUCCAAAGAUGGUGAGAUUCAAGUCCUGAGGCAGAACCUUGGAAAAUACAAAGCUGAAGUCAGUCGGUUGAAAAUAGAGAGAGUUGAAAAUGAGGAGAAGCUAAAGAGGGAGCAGACAGAGAAUGAUAAAAAGUUGACUAAAGAGGCAGAGAGUCUAAAAACACAACUUCAGUUCAAGGAGAGGGAGUUGGCAGAAGCCCAGAAUUCAUUUCGCAGUCUAGAGCAACGCCUUCAAACCAAUAACAACAGUAUCACAAGCAAGCACCCUGUUACCCCACCUCGUAACAGCCCCCAUUUAAAGAGAUCCUUGAUGGGGGAAAGAGAGCAGGCCUCUGGUACUACGCCUCAACAAGAAGGGGGAUUCCCCACCAGGGAGAGUUUCAUGCAGACAAACCCUGCCCUGGGCUCACCAGCCAAGGUCAAGAUGAGGCUUGUAGAAGAAGGUUGCACAAGCAAGGGGAAUCUACGCAGCCCCAAACGUGUUGCAAGCAGAAGUCCAGCCAGAAGCCCCAAGGUUGUUAUGAAGCAGAGGAAGGUUUCAUCCAGCAAGACCAAUCUGAGGAGAGAUAUUGCUGUCUCCACCAAGCUAACUCUGACAUCUAGAUAUCCAAGUGGUCAUAUUUCUUCAAGUCAAUUAAUUGGACGGCUCAUUGGCCAACCUCAUCCCCAGGAUUACAAUGCUUCAUUACUUACUCAGGGUUCUCUCAUCAGUACUCUUCAUGCAGCUGAGUCUAAGAGCUGCCUAAUACUCAGGAACAGUGAUGAUAGUUCAAGCAUCCCAGCAGCUAAGUUAUUACAGACUGGAGAAGGAAACAGUACAUCUUCAAAACCAAACAAGAAUCAUGAAUCUGCUAUGAGAGCAUUAUCUUCAAUCUUGAACUUAUCUUCCUCAUCCACAAAUAAUUGUUGUGCUAACAAACCUACCUCUUCCAAAAUGGAAGAUUCUGAACAAGAGCAGAUUGAGGCCUUCAAUGUGAACCAUUCCAAUGCAAUAUUAGGGGUGCUUCCUCUUCUGGAGGACCAGCUUACAGAAUAUAUAGACUUGAUGCAUUUAAUGAGCGUUUGCUCCUCAAGUUUGGCAUCUACCUGUCCCAGCAGCAGUGGAGAUGGAGCUGGGCGAUGCUUGAAUGGUUCUUUUGAUACUGUUGCUAAAGAUGAACAGAUACAGUUUGAGAUAAAAGAAUCGCAAGCAGUAAAUGCUUUACAUACCCUGCACUGUUUAGUGAGCUACAGUCAAAUUGCAGCUACUCAUGUCAUCCAAGGUAGUGGAGAAAGUGGUGGUGAUCUCUCAAUAAUGGAAAUAGACCCCUCAGCGCCUCUUAUUGAUCCCACACAAGCCCCUGGGCGGUCAAUAUCCCAGCAACAGAUGUCCUGUCCGGCUAACAUACCAUCUGCAUUGUUUAACCUUCCAAGAUGUCAGAUCUUGAUGAGACUGAUAAAGAUCAUUAAUAGCAUACAGCCUUCAGAAGGACAGGGACCUUUGGUGCUAGAUACUGCUAUUAGGAUACUCUUAGAACUUACUAGGAGAUUGCCUAUAGAAGAUGCUUUCAGGCUAUCUGAACUAUUGGAAUCAGAUUUCCUCCAUCCACUGUUAACGUGUGACUAUCCUAACACUCUCUGUGCUGUGCUUACAAUACUCUCAUCACUUGCCUCCAAAUCUUGGAACCUUGCCCAGAAAUUGUGUACACAUUCAGACACUUGUUUCCUGCUUCAAGUAUAUCAGUGUGCUAGUUGUGGACUGAACAAAUGUAAUACUGUAGACAGGAUGCAAAUAGUUGGCAAGAUCAUUGAUCUUCUGACAUGUAUAACAUCUGUGCAUGAGGAUGGAGCAGCUUUUUUACUUGAUACUGAUUGUCAGUGUAGUGAAGAGGUUGUCUCUUCUAUGGUAAUCAUGUUAUCAAGAGAGUUCAGAUCUAUUGAUCCAGACUGUGAUCUUCAAAGUCAUAGAAUGUUGAUAAUCCGAAAGGGACUUCUUCCACUCCACUCUCUGUACAUGGAUAGUAAUUUCACUGACCAUCGACUGGAAGCAGAACAACAGUACAAUCAUCUCAUUACAGAGAUGAACAGACUGUUAUCAACCCUUGCAGUGAUACAUAGGCAUGAAGUUGGGUUCCUCCAAGACUUUGAAGGGUCAGAUGAAGAUGAUUUGGAUCAGGAUAGUCAAGAGCAGCAAAUGGAUGUUAAUUAAAAUACUAUACAGAGAUAUCAAUCAUAUCCAAGUUCUUCGCUGGUAGUUUUAUGUUAUUGUCGGAUCAAAUCAUUUGAUGGAUAAUAUUCAAAGACUGCAUUUUUAACAUUAACUUUACAGCUAUUAAGUUGAACAAAUCUGCAAUUGAAAAACGACUUCAUUGGAACAUAAUAAGACACAAAAUAUUAUGUUGUUGAUCAAGAGAAAGAAUGGUUCAUGGUAUUUAGAUAAUAAAAUGAAAGUGAAGAUUCUCUUUAGCCCAUGUCUGAGGAGUUGAAUGUAAGUAUAUAAAGAAAAAAAAACCCUGUAGAUCUGACUUUUCAACCUAAACUAUAGAUCUAGAGCAGAGUACUUAUGCAUUGUGCUGUGGAAUACAUUGAUGGGAAAAGUUUGAUUGAAAGAAUAAAAAUGUUGGAAAAUUACUUUUGGAGGUACCAAGUACACAUUUGCUCUUCCAAAGGGUGGCAUUACUCUGUCAUACUUCAGAUUUGAUGUUAUAAUUGUCACAAAAGCAGAAAAUCCUUUUUGGGAGAUUUUUUUUUUGCAGAUGCCAACCAGUAUGAUUUUAUUGUUUUUAAGUACUACAAAACAAGUAAAUUACACUGUAAUAAAAAAAAUGAUUAGACACUCAAGAUCUUGUAGUGCUUUGAUAUAAUAUAGGAGAGCCCUACAGUCAUUGAUCUACAAUUGAAUUGUACUAGGUUGGUACUAGGAGUGGUUUUCAUAAUCAUGUAUGUAAAUUGUGUACAGUAGACAUUAGACAAAGAAAGAUGAAGAAUUAUUUAAAGAUCCAUUGUGUAGGUGAUGUACAUGUAGGCAAUUUCUAUUCAGGUUAUACCCACUGUAAGAUGUGAAGUAUCACAUUCAUUGCACCAUUUAAAUGAAAAUGAUUUUUACCUUAAAUUGCCUUUGCUAUUUCUUUCAAAUAUGUAUUAUGUAUGAAGCAGCAAACUAAUCAUUGCAGCAUCAAGUUCUUAGCCUCUUACAACUGUAUCAUAUUAAUCUCCUAGUACCUAGUACUCUGUAAAGCACCUAUUCACAUGACAUCGUUCUGUCUUUGUUAAAAAAAAAGUACUAAGAGCAUACCUUGAAUAUUGAUUCUUGCAGAGACAGCAUGUGUUAUUGCUGUUCAGAAGAAAUGCUCCUUUCUUUUUGUUUGUUUAUCCAGCACAAGUAUUCAGUUAUUAGUCUUUGAUUUGUAAUGAUUUUCUGUUUUGCAUGAGUCAUGCUAUGGGAUCAAAUUCCUGCACUAAACUAAUCCUUAACCCUAAGAAGACUGGGGGGGGGGCUGAUUCAGCCCCCCCUCGACAUUUUUUGACCGCGUCACUCGCUGACUUUUUACUUUCAAGUCUCGUGCAACUUUUGAGACCAAAAUUGUGACCCCCGGGUACGCUGUUCCGAAAUUACACAACAUUUCGUAAGCGCAUGCAGACCCAGAAUUACUCAAAAACGUGAAUUUGUGUACAAAUCCAAUGCAAAUAGUGUUUUUAGCCAAAAUUUAAAAUGUAUCAUUAUUUUUCCUUUUACUGCUUAAAAUCAAUUUUAAUUUUAUCUUGUUAAUGGUCAAAAUAAAAAUCCCCGACAAUUUCCAUUGAAAAAACAUUAAAAACAAAAAGUCGAAAAACAAAGAAAUACAUAAGAAAUUUAGAAAACAAUAGCAUACAUAAGAAAAUAAACGUGAUGUUAAAAUUUUUGAAAAAUAAAUUUGAUCAGAUGCCUAUCUAGAGUAUAUGAAACAAAAAUUAGCAUUUUAGGGGUAUUAUUUUAUUAAUUAGAGCAAACUUAUGAUUUUACGCAUAAAUUAGCAUAAUUAAUGAGCAAUGAGAUUUUUCACAGAAUUUGAUAUUAUAGUUUUUUAGAUAAUGCCAUGGGUAACGCGUGUGCCAAUUUUCGUCGCGAUCGCGCGAUCGACGGCCGUGAUCAUAAGGAGGGCUGAAUCAGCCCCCCCCCCCCCCCAUCUUAGGCGUCGAAAUAGCCCUGGGGCGGUAUUCUGAGGUCAUUUUAUCUUUAAAAUAUUUUAUUUUAUCUCUUAAAAUUAAAUUGGUAUUCUGAGAUGACAUUUUAUCUCUCAGAUAAAAUUCAAAAUUUUAUCUUGCUUAUAAAUUUUAUCUUGCGUAUCUAUGAUGAUACGCAACAGAGCAGUGCCUGCGUAGACAUACACAUUGCGUAUCUGGACAUUGCAACGCAGAUGAUGUGCUUGCGCCCAAGUUACUUU